CAUCUCUUCUUCAUCGCUCAGAUUCGAGUAAGAGAAAUUUCAAACCCUAAAAGUUUUACCCUUUUUCAUAUUUUGGGUUUUUCUUCUCUCAUUCGAUCUUGACCUCUGUUUUCUUCGCCGGCGCGUGAAUCAUCUCUCGGCGCGUGGGUUUUACUGCACCGCUGACUUAUGCUUUGUUCGAGCCGCAUUUGGAAAUUCAUGCCGGAAUUUCGCCGGAGUCUUAUCAGACGGCCGUGAUUUUCACACUUCCAUGGCUUCCGCUGUUCUAUCCAACCGGAACGAACCGAAUUGGCCACAGCAUAGAAGCAGUGGAGCAGGAUUCAUGGGGAAAACACCUUUCGCUAACUCUAACCCUAACCCUAACUCCAAACCUAAAUUAGGAAACAGCAAGAGAACGCAAUCAGCUUCCGAUGAUGCUUCAUCGAUCAACCGGAGAACGAAUGAGGUGAAUCAUCACUCUCAACACGUGACGUUCAACGUUGCGUCGUACUCGAAGAAUGAGCUGAACGAACUCAAGCAUCGUCUUGUUUCGGAGCUCGAGCAGAUUCGUAAUCUUAAGAAUCGGAUUGAGUCCGGUGAGUUUCAGCCUCCGAGGAAAUCGAUGAACAAGAAGAUUUCUGGUAACAAGCGCCCUGUUCCGAAGGAUUUUAAGCGGUCGAAUUCGGAGAUUGAGGGUUUGAUGAAGGGUUGCGGGCAGGUUUUGCAGAAGCUGAUGAAAAACAAACAUGCGUUUCACUUCAAUGCUCCUGUGGAUGUUGUGGGAAUGAAUCUUCACGAUUACCACGAUAUAAUCAAGCGACCGAUGGAUUUAGGUACAGUGAAGUCGAAUCUCUCGAAGAAGGUUUAUGCUACGCCAGCUGAAUUUGCUUCUGAUGUGCGAUUAGCAUUCAACAAUGCACUGACUUAUAACCCUGAAGGACACUCUGUGAACACAGCUGCGGAACAGCUUUUAGCUAGGUUUGAACAACUUUAUCGUCCAUUACAUGAGAAAUAUGAAGAGUGUUUAAAGCAAGUUCACCAUUUUGAAGAGGAAUUGCAGGCUAGUUCUUGGAACCAUGUUGAGCCACCAGAAAGAGUUAAGAAGAAGAGGGAGAAUCCGAAUCCGAUUCCAGUCCCUCCUGUAGAAUACCAACAUCCAGAGCCUCCUCAGCCCCUUGCAAGUUCUUCUAAACCUCCGGUGGAACAACCUCAAGUAGAACAACAACGUCCAUUGAUGCAGUCUCCAGCGCGUCCGUUGAUGCAGUCUCCAGCGCGUACACGCACGCCGUCGCCAAUGCAAGCUACUCCAGUGAAGCCUUUGAAGCAGCCAAAACCUAAAGCCAGGGAUCCUAACAAAAGGGAUAUGAAUCUUGAGGAGAAACAGAAAUUGGGAAUGGGCUUGCAGAGUUUGCCACCGGAGAAAAUGGAACAGGUUGUGCAGAUUAUAAGGAAGAGGAAUGGCCAUUUAGAGCAGGAUGGGGAUGAGAUUGAGCUUGAUAUUGAAGCUGUUGACACCGAGACUCUAUGGGAACUUGAUCGAUUAGUCACUAACUGGAAGAAGGCGAUGAGCAAGAUCAAGCGGCAAGCACUAAUGGGCAAUGUGAAUAACAAUGGGACUUCAAACAAUGACAAUGUGGAAGUACCUGCUAGUGAAAAGGUUGAUGAAGUGUCACCUGUUGAGGCAAAGAAGCCUAAGAAAGCUGAAGCAGGGGAUGAGGAUGUUGACAUCGGAGACGAUAUGCCAAUGAGUGUGUUUCCCCCUGUGGAGAUUGAGAAAGAUAAAGAUGUUGUAGUCGGAGGCUACGCAAGUAGUAGUUCGAGUAGCUCGAGCAGUUCAGGCAGUGAUUCCUCUUCAUCAAGUGAUUCAGAUUCAGGGAGUUCCUCUGGGAGUGAUUCUGAAGCAGACAAUGGGCACUUAUAGCAAGAUGGGGGGCUUUAGAAACUAAUAAUUCAGAAGAGUGUGUAGGUAGAUGAAGAGUGUUUUUUGAAGGUCACGUAAUCUUCAGGCAUUGUUUGUUGGUUCAGUGGGGGAGUAGCGGACUGGAUUAUGGUGUGAUGUAGAUGUAAAAAUGAAAGGCAAGUGAAUCAACACAAAUUGUAGGCCAGAAAGUAGACUGAAAGAUUAGGAAUAGAAUGGACUAGUGUUUUUUUGUUUCUAGUUUAACUUGUACACAUAUUAAAGUAAAUAGAUGACUCAUCUUAUUUUAAAAA